AUGGUCCCAUAUUCCAAAGCGCUCACUGUGACGGUUCCCUACUGGCUGAGCCAAUUAUCUGCCUUGAGCAAGGGACACGAGGCUGACCAACAGAGGCCGGGACGGGGAAACGGACUUUUCAGCCGGAAUGUCCCUCACUUCGACGGCGGUCGUCUGGUUCACCAGUUUGUCCGGCUGGUCGUCAUCAUGCCAUCACCGCAGAGCGAUUCAUUCCACGUGUCUACCCUUCCGAUUGCUGGCGUGCUGGCUUCCGAACAUUGUGCCCCAACGUUGACCGAGAUCGGGGUCCGUGGCCUUUCUGAGGCCAUUGGGAUGCCGUGCUGCCCUUCGUGA